UAGGCUGCCUGGGCUCGGAGAUCCGCCGCCUCCCGCUCAUUCUGGUCCUGUUGGUCCUCUCCUGUCUCGGGGAGAUGGCCAUUCCAUUCUUCACCGGCCGCCUCACUGACUGGAUUCUACAAGAUGGGACGGCCACUGCCUUCACGGCGAACAUAACCCUCAUGUCCAUUCUCACCAUAGCCAGUGCAGUGCUGGAGUUCCUGGGCGAUGGGGUCUACAACAGCACCAUGGGCCGCGUGCACAGCCGCCUGCAGGGCGAGGUGUUUCGGGCUGUCCUGCGCCAGGAAACAGAGUUUUUCCAACAGAACCAAACAGGUGCCAUCACAUCUCGGGUAACAGAGGACACGUCCACCCUGAGUGAGUCUCUGAGUGAGAAGCUGAGCCUGUUGCUGUGGUACCUGGUGCGGGGGCUGUGUCUCUUGGGGCUCAUGCUCUGGGGGUCACUGUCCCUCACCCUGGUCACUCUGGUCGCCCUGCCUCUGCUUUUCCUUCUGCCUAAGAAGCUUGGAAAACGGUACCAGGCGCUAGCAGCACAGGUGCAGGAAUCUCUGGCGAAGUCCAGCCAGGUGGCCAUUGAGGCUUUGUCAGCCAUUCCUACGGUCCGGAGCUUUGCCAAUGAGGAGGGCGAGGCCCAGAAGUUCAGGCAAAAACAGCAGGAAAUGAAGACACUCAACCAGAAAGAGGCCCUGGCCUAUGCAGUCAACCUCUGGACCACCAGCAUCUCAGGGAUGCUGCUGAAGGUGGGAAUCCUAUAUAUCGGUGGGCAGCUGGUAACAAGUGGGGCUGUGAGCAGUGGGAACCUCGUCACAUUUGUCCUCUACCAGAUCCAGUUCACCGCAGCUGUUGAGGUACUGCUCUCCACCUACCCCAAUGUGCAGAAGGCUGUGGGCUCCUCAGAGAAAAUAUUUGAGUAUCUGGACCGGAUCCCUUGCUGCCCAGCCAGUGGUGUGUUGACUCCUUCGAACUUGGAGGGCCUUGUUCAGUUCCAAGACGUCUCCUUCGCCUACCCCAACCACCCAGAUGUCCCAGUGCUGCAGGGGCUGACGUUCACCCUGCGGCCCGGCGAGGUGACGGCGCUGGUGGGGCCCAACGGGUCCGGGAAGAGCACGGUGGCGGCCCUGCUGCAGAAUCUGUACCAGCCCACAGGGGGGAAGCUGCUGCUGGAUGGGGAGCCCCUUCCCCAGUAUGAGCACCGCUACCUGCACCGGCAGAUAGCUGCAGUGGGACAAGAGCCACAGCUGUUUGGAAGAAGUUUCCGAGAAAAUAUUGCCUAUGGCCUGAUCCAGAAGCCAACUCUGGAGGAGAUCACAGCUGCUGCAGUGGAGUCUGGAGCCCAUAGUUUCAUCUCUGAACUCCCGCAGGGCUAUGACACAGAGGUAGGUGAAGCUGGGAGCCAGCUAUCAGGGGGUCAGCGACAGGCAGUGGCCUUGGCUCGAGCGCUGAUCCGGAAACCACGUGUACUCAUCCUGGACGAUGCUACCAGUGCCCUGGAUGCAAACAGCCAGUUACGGGUGGAGCGUCUCCUGUAUGAGAGCCCCGGGCGCUGCUCUCGGUCUGUGCUGCUCAUCACCCAGUGUCUCAGCUCCGUGGAGCAGGCUGACCACAUCCUCUUUCUGGAAGGAGGCACCAUCUCUGAGGCGGGGACCCACCAGCAGCUCAUGGAGAACAGGGGACGCUACUGGGCUAUGGUGCAGGCUCCUGAUGGGCUGGGUGCCCCGGAAUGAGACUUCUCAUCGCCCUCACUUCUCUCUUCUCUUUAGUGGAGAAUUUGGGAACAAAGGUCUUACUGGAGCUGCAGAGUAGUCAGGACUGACAUCCUCAAGUGUAACCCCCUAGGUGAUACUUGAAAUUCUGCCAUGUACAUUACCCCCUCUCCAAGCUCCUCUUGAAAAAUGCAGGUUUCCUGGAAGAAAACCUGGUUUACAACUGGUGUAACUGGGUUUAUAGCCAGGGUCUCUGUGCAUUGCACUCUAAAAAUGAGAAAUAUUUAGAAUAUAAAGAAAGGAAAGAUCAGCUACUUUCCAAUCGGAGCAAAGGCGUUUAUAGGCAUAAAUGCCCUGUGUGGAUUCUUGAUAUUUAUAAUAAAAUCAGUGUUGUGUACUA